AUGAAUGAGAGUUCUCAUUACUGCAUUUUGAGAGAAAUCUUUGACUCUAUCAAGGUAAAUAAAAAUCCAAAGAGUGACGGUGAAUUUGAUGAAACUGCCAUGAAAUUCAGCCAACAUUCAGGCCUACUUCAGUACAGGAAAUUGACCUCAGGAAAUGAGUAUUGUUGGGAUAGCAAAUAUAAGAAACACUUUCCUGAAGAAGUAGGAUUUGUUCAGUCACCUGAGAAACCUGAAAUGCCCAUCUAUCAAGGCAAUCUUGCUGCACAUCAGAUUAUCCACAUUGGAGGGAAACCUUAUAAAUGUAAACAGUGUGAAAAGGCUUUCACAAAGAGGAGCAAUCUUGCUGCACAUCAGAGAAUCCACACUGGAGAGAAACCUUAUGAAUGUAAACAGUGUGGAAAGGCUUUUACACAGAGGAGCAAUCUUACUGCACAUCAGAACAUCCACACUGGAGAGAAACCUUAUGACUGUAAAUACUGUGGAAAGGCUUUUACAGAGGGGGGAUCUCUUGCUAAGCAUCAGAGUAUCCACACUGGAGGGAAACCUUAUGAAUGUAAACACUGUGGAAAGGCUUUUACACAGAGGAGCAAUCUUGCCACACAUCAGAGAAUCCAUACUGGAGAGAAACCUUAUGAAUGUAAACAUUGUGGAAAGGUUUUCACACAAAGGAACUCUCUUAUUAAACAUGAGAGAAUCCAUACUGGAGAGAAACCUUAUCAAUGUAAACAAUGUGGAAAGGCUUUUACAUGUAGGAGCCAUCUUGCUGCACAUGAGAGAAAUCACACAGGAGAGAAACCUUAUGAAUGUAAACAGUGUGGAAAGGCUUUCACACAGAGGGGCUGCCUUGCUGCACAUCAGAGAAUCCACACUGGAGAGAAACCAUAUGAAUGUAAACAAUGUGGAAAGGCUUUCACACAGAAGGGCUGCCUUGCUGCACAUCAGAGAAUCCACACUGGAGAGAAACCUUAUGAAUGUAAACAGUGUGGAAAGGCUUUCACACACAGGGGCUGUUUUGCUGCACAUCAGAGCAUCCACAGUGGAAAGAAACCUUAUGAAUGUAAUCACUGUGGAAAGACUUUCAAACGAAGGAGCUAUCUGACUACACAUCAGAGCACCCACACUGGAGAGAAACCUUAUAAAUGUAAAUACUGUGGAAAAACUUUUACAUGGAAGGAAUCUCUUGCUAUACAUGAGAGAAACCACACUGGAGAGAAACCUUAUGAAUGUAAAGAGUGUGGAAAGACUUUUACAGAGAGGGACUAUCUUGUUAAACAUGAGGGAAUGCACACAGGAGAGAAACCUUAUGAAUGUAAACACUGUAGAAAGGCUUUUACACGGAGGGGAUCUCUUGCCAAGCAUCAGAGCAUCCACACUGAAGAGAAACCUUAUUAA